UAUAACUGGUUUCCUUGGUAAUCUUAUACAUUUUAUGUGAUGCAUUUAAAACAUUAUUCUGAGAUACUUUCACCAGACAGUUAAAGGAUUGAUAGCCCAACCCAUAUAUAGGAUCUUAAACUUUAUACUUUAAAGUAAAUUUAUUUCCCUUUUUUUGGGAACAGCUCCACGAAAUUGUAUUAUUAUUUCCAAAUUAUUUUAAAUCCUCUAGGGAUAUUGGCAAACCUUCUAAACAACUCUGCUUAACUAUGUGAUCAAAUUACUAUUUAUUUAAUGAAUUAAUGGUCAUUUAUGGAAUGAAGUUCUUUGCUAUGUCUUAUAAAAGGCACAGAGGUGAAAAGACAUGGAAACUAUUUUCAAAAAAACUUUUAAUUUUGGGGGGUAGUAGACAGAUAAUGCAUAUAAUUUUUAGCAGAGAGAGCUGGGGAGUAGUGCUGUUUGGGCCGAGUAUGAAACUAGCCACGCUGGUGGCUUAAAAUGAAAAUUCUGUUUUGAUGGUGUGUUUGUUAUAUUGGAAGUUCAUUCACAGUUGAGACUGAACAGAACCCAAGCUGAGGCUUCAGAUAGGAUUCCCAAGGGUAACCUGAGUUACCCUUUGGUUUCCCAGCUCCUACAAAACAAGUUAGUUUCUUAAACAAAACAUACCAGGACUUUGGCUCUUUCUGAUUUCUUAUACCCUCGUGUCUGUUCUUUCAGGGAAAAUACAACAGAAAUCUAUAUAAUCAUAAGUGGGGAAGAGGAGAUGUGAUAAGAGCACUUAAGACUCAGGGGUUUUAGUUAAGAACAAACAGAAAUUAAAUGGCAUGACUUUAUAGAUGAAUUUAGUCUGUAUUUAAUAUUGUACUGUUAAAAGUGUGUUAUUCGGAGUAAGAAAAAUAAUUUUAAAAGUCUACCCUAUUCUUGCCAGAUGACACCAACAAUGAAUGCAACAUCUUUUAAAGUUUGUUUUACAACAUUGAAAAUGUUCCAAUGAAAGAAACAUGAUCCUCUUAUGGAGGGGGUUCUUGAAAUUUUCAGUAGCAAUUGGGGCAAUUCCUAAGCCUUCACCUCUGAAUUAUAUAAUUUUAGAGGUAUGCAUGUCUAUGGUUAGCACAUAGUGACUUCUUACUGAAAAGGACAACAAACUAUGAGACAGAUAAAUCAGACACAAGUGACAGAAUUCCUCCUUCUGGGACUCUCUGAUGGGCCAUACACCCAGCAGCUGCUAUUGAUCUUAUUCUUGGGUCUCUGGUCACUGGUCACUCUGCUUGGAAAUCUGCUUCUUAUGUCCCUUGUUCCUGUUGACUCCCGACUUCACACACCCAUGUAUUUUUUUCUCUGCAACUUGUCUCUGGCUGACCUCUGUUUCUCUACCAACAUAGUUCCUCAGACACUAGUGCACCUGCUUUCCAGGAAAAAGUUCAUUUCAUUCACACGUUGCACAGCUCAACUUCUCUUUUUCCUCAUUUUUGGGUGUACACGGUGUGCCCUUCUGGCAGUGAUGUCCUAUGAUCGCUAUGUGGCAAUCUGCAAUCCUCUGCAUUACCCUAGCAUCAUGACCUGGAAAGUGUGUGUCCAGCUGGCAACAGGAUCAUGGACCAGUGGCAUUCUGGUGUCUGUGGUAGACACCACCUUCACACUGAGGCUACCCUACCGAGGCAAUAACAACAUUGCUCAUUUCUUUUGUGAAGCCCCUGCACUAUUGAUCUUGGCAUCCACAGACACCCACACAUCGGAGAUGGCCAUUUUUCUUAUGGGGGUUGUGAUUCUCCUCAUACCCAUUUUUCUGAUUCUAGUAUCCUAUGGCCAUAUCAUAGUAACUGUGGUCAAGAGGAAGUCAACUGUGGGGAGUCUCAAGGCGUUUUCUACCUGUGGCUCCCACCUCAUGGUGGUCAUACUUUUUUAUGGAUCAGCAAUUAUCACUUACAUGACACCCAAGUCUUCCGAACAGCAGGAAAAAUUGGUGUCUGUUUUCUAUGCAAUGGUGACUCCCAUGCUUAAUCCCCUCAUCUACAGCCUGAGAAACAAGGAUGUGAAGGGAGCUCUGAGGAAAUUAACCACAAGGAAUUUCCCAUGCAGGCUUGGAAUCUCACACUGACAAUGAGCUCAGAGACCCUUUUGGCUUCCUAAUUCAAAGACUUGCUGGGAAGACAUGGACUCAACCCAAGUGGAUUGGAUUUUUAAACUGUACAUUGGCACACUUGGUUUCUCAAGUCGCCCACUCGGCCCCCUUCCAAGUUAUACUUUCCUUCUUUUUUCUCCUUUCCUUUUCCUUCCUUACUGUUCUAAAGUUUUUUAAUAAACUUUCACUCCUGCUCUGAAAACAAAAGUACAUAUAUACCUUGGAAUACUAUGCAGUCAUGAAAUAGAAUGAAAUCAUGUCAUUCACAGAAACAUAGAUGUGGCUUGAAACCAUUAUCCUAAGUGAACUAGUACAAAAACAGAAAACCAAAUACUUCAUGUUCUCACUCAUAAGUAGGAACUAAACGUUGGGUACAUAUGAAGACAAAGGUGGGAACAAUAGACACUGGGGACUACUAGAUUAUGGGAGGGAGGGGGAAGGGUUAAAAAAACUACCUAUUACCUACUCACUACCUGGGUAAUGGAUUCAUUUGUACUCCAAAUCUCUGCAUCACGCAAUAUACCUCUGUAACAAACCUGCAUGUAUACCCCCGACUUUAAAAUAAAAGUUGAAAAGAAGAAAAAAAAUGCACAUUAGAUCUCAAAUUUUCACACCAAUAUGAAAAUAGAAUAUAAACCAUGUCAUUAAUAAUUUUAUAUGGAUGGUGUGACAAUAAAAUAAUAUUUUUAUAUAUUGGAUAAAAUAAAAUUAUAUUAUUAAAGAAGUCUUGCUAGGUAGCCCUCUUCUUUGUGAAACUAAAAUAUGGUAAGACUUAAAGUGAUGGAUAUGGUAAUUACCCUGAUUUGAUUACUAUACAAUGUUUCCAUGCAUUGAAACAUCACACUGUAUUCCCAAACUAUGUAUAAUUGUCAUGUCAAUUGUAAAAUAAAAAUUAAUGAAAAAUAUAGGAAG